GUGAUCGGAUUCUCAGCGUCUCCGCAUUAGCUCGCAGGUCAAAAUGCAAAUCUUCGUGAAGACCUUGACCAGCAAGACCAUCACCCUGGAAGUGGAGCCCAGUGACACCAUCGAGAACGUGAAGGCCAAGAUCCAGGACAAGGAGGGCAUCCGCCCUGACCAGCAGAGGCUCAUCUUUGCAGGCAAGCAGCUGGAAGAUGGUCGCACUCUUUCUGAUUACAACAUCCAGAAGGAGUCGACCCUGCAUCUGCUCCUGCGUCUGAGGGGUGGUAUGCAGAUCUUCCUGAAGACCUUGACUGGCAAGACCAUCACCCUGGAAGUGGAGCCCAGUGACACCAUCGAGAACGUGAAGGCCAAGAUCCAGGAUAAGGAGGGCAUCUGCCCUGACCAGCAGAGGCCCAUCUUUGCAGGCAAGCAGCUGGAAGAUGGUCUUACUCUUUCUGAUUACAACAUCCAGAAGGAGUCAACCCUGCAUCUGGUCCUCCGUCUGAGGGGUGGCUGUUAAUUCUUCAGUCUUGUAUUCAUAAUGCCCAAUGAUGGCAUCACUCUGCACUCUAGCCAUGUGCCCCAAUUUAAGUUUAGAAAUUACCAGUUUCAGAAAUAGCUGAAUCUGUUCAAAAUGUUAAUAAAGGUU